UGCAGGACAACCCCGCUGGCGCCGCCGUCCUGCCGGGGCCGGAGUUGGGGGGAUGUCCUUGGCCUUCCCUGUGGGCCGGAGGCAAAUCCCCUGCCUGUCCUUGUUGCUUCCUGCCCCAGGCCCCGAGCUGAGGACGGAGAGCCCGGAGGACAAAUCCCCCCGUGAGACCCUGGUGGGAGAGGCCGUUUUGAAGGGCUCCACGGCGCAGGAAGGCAGCGGGGAGGAAAAGGGCCGGAGAUCCCCCCGCAGGAGGGGCUCCAAAGCCAUCCCAGGGUGCUCUGAGGAGGAAAGAGCCAGCCUGUGCCGGGAAGGCGGCCAGAGCUUGAGGGGGAGCUCUGACCUGGUGGUCCCUGAGCAGCCUCCCAGCAGGGAGAAACCCUUCCAGUGCUUGGAAUGUGGGAAGAACUUCAGCAGGAGCAACAACCUCCUCACCCACCAGCACAUCCACACUGGGGAACGUCCUUACACGUGUAGGAAAUGUGGGAAGAGUUUUAGGCGGAACUCCAACCUGAUCCGACACCAGCGCAUCCACACUGGAGAACGGCCCUACAAGUGCUUGGAAUGUGGGAAGAGCUUCAGGCAGAGGUCUACUCUGAUCCAACACCAUCGCAUCCACAGUGGAGAAUGGCCCUACACGUGUGGGGGGUGUGGGAAGAGCUUCAGGAGCAACUCUGGUCUGAUCCGACACCAGCGCAUCCACACUGGAGAACAGCCAUACCUGUGUGGUGAAUGUGGGAAGAGCUUCAGGGAAAUCUCUGAUCUCCUCACCCACCAGCGCAUUCACACUGGGGAACGGCCCUACACGUGUGGGGAAUGUGGGAAGAGCUUCAGGAAGAGGUCCCACCUCCUCACCCACCAGCUCAUCCACACUGGGGAACGGCCCUACAGAUGCUUGGAAUGUGGGGAGAGGUUUCAGACCAGCGGGAGUCUUCUUCUGCACCAGCGGACGCACACGGAUGAGAGGCCCUUCCGCUGCACCGACUGCGGGAAGGGCUUCAACCGGAACUCCACCCUCGUCACCCACCGGCGCAUCCACAGCGGGGAGAGGCCCUACAAGUGUGGGGAGUGUGGGAAGAGCUACACCCAGAGAUCUGGCUUGACCAGACACCAACGGACCCACCAGUAAGGGAAGCCCUACCAGUGCCCCGACUGCGGGAAGAGCUUCGGCUGCUGCUUCCACCCCAAAUGAAGCCCCUGAUGGUGAGGCAACCCCUGGAGUCCAGUGACUGUCAGUGCAUCCCUUUUGACCACAAAAGGCCAGUCCCCUUUCCCAGGGGCAGCUUCUUCCAACAGAACCUUUCUUGGGAGGUGUGGAGAUUCCUGCCUUGGCUGGGGAGACCUUCCAGGUCUCUCCUGGAGGUUGAGAGCAGAGAUCUCCCCAUGAGCGUUGGUCUGGGGGAGUUCCAUCCAUCUCUAACUAAGAAUUCUUGCUUUUGUGCCAGCUUGAGUAGAAUUGCUUCAACAAUUGCUUUACUGUAGAGCACUGUCCUGUCUUAUCCUGUAUUCCUGGUAGUUUUAGUGUUUCUAUUGUGCAGUAAAUAAUUUUGAUGAAGA